UCCUCAUCGAAUUGGCCUCCCCCCCCCUGCUCAUGGCCGUUUGUCUCUCUCCUCUCGGCCCAGUAGUUUUCAGCGGAUCCUCUUUGUCUUUUUCUCUCUGCUGCAACUCCUCUUUUCUUUCUCCUCCUUUUCUUUUCCCUGUUAAUGGAGAAACAAAAGACGCUUUAUCGAUCGGCUUUCAGAGCGUCGAAAGUUAAAAGGAAGUUUUGAGGUUAGUAGCUCAGUGCCACUUUGAAUUCGUCUCUGUUUCAGGGUUUUAGCCGUUUACAGAUUUCGUUUGAGUCGCGAGCUUUCGACAUUAUGAUUGUGACAAAUGGCGGUUUCAGCUUUCAGCAGUGGAAUUUUUCAGUUGACUUGGAUUUUGAGUGGAAGCCUUGACCAAUGACUAUUUCUGGUCUUACUCUUAACGGUGAACGAGUCAUCCAUAAAGCCCUAGAAGCAAUAAUUCAACUUUUGCUGCGGUUAAUUUGUUGGUCACGGCAUUUUGCUGCUUCUUGUGGGCAUUAAGUGGGUCGGGCUUCUUCUAUUUUUGGUUGCUAUGAGGAUAUAGUGUUAUAUAGUUGCUUUGUGGUUUAUUUCUAUUUGCACUAAAGCUGUUCCUUUUGCUAUAAUAGCUUUCUGUGAAGUUAUGGAUAUAUAAGCAGUCGAAACUGAAGACUUAGUUUGACAGCAGGUUUCUUAGUUAUUAUUGGAGAAAUGGAUAAAAAUCCAGAAGAGAACUGGAAGGAGCUGGUAAGGAAAAUGCUCCCGCCUGGUACUUCCAUCCCCAAUGAUGAAGAUGAUCUCGAUUACUCAAUUGCCAUAGAAUAUAAGGGCCCACCAGUCGCCUAUGAAGUCCCUAGAGUUGAAACCGUGGAUGUAAAUUACCCCACAAUUUCCAUUGCAUCAGUUGCGGAAGAUCUCCUUGCAUCUCAAAGAUUAGAUGUCUGUGCAGUCUCCCCAGUAGUCGAACCAAUUCCUUUGCCCGUAUCUCGUAUUGUGGCUGUUACAGGUUCUCCAGUUCAAAGCCCCAGGGUAUCAGGAAGCUCAGAAUCCGUGAUUUCUGUCUUGCAGAACCCUGAGUUUUCAUCGGUUUCUCCUUCAGCUUCACCAGGUUCACCUGGUUCUGCUCACCAACCUCCAAGUAACCCUCCUAAGAAAGUAGCAACUGAAGUAAAGAGAGUUCCAAUUGUUACUUUUAACACUAUUGAUAAAUCUGAAAGGCUAAAUGGUGAGGCUGAAAAGCGUAUCUUUCCUCAAUAUGUGGGGGUUUCAAAGAAAGAGAAAAAGAAGAGAAAAAGAGUUUGUUUUAGAUGUGGAAAAGGGAAGUGGGAAAGUAAAGAAUCCUGCCUGGUUUGUGAUGCUAGGUAUUGCAGUAAUUGCGUGCUCAGGGCAAUGGGUUCAAUGCCCGAAGGGCGUAAAUGUGUCAGUUGCAUAGGUCAGCCAAUAGAUGAAUCUAAGCGGUUGAAAUUGGGCAAGUGUUCAAGGGUAUUAUCUCGACUUCUCAGCCCGUUGGAAGUCAAGCAAAUCAUCAAAGCAGAGAAAGAAUGUCCUGCAAAUCAGCUAAGGCCAGAGCAGAUUAUUGUGAAUGGAGUGCCCUUGAGGCCGGAAGAAAUGGCAGAAUUGCUUGGAUGCCCAUUACCUCCAAGGAAGUUGAAGCCUGGUAGAUAUUGGUAUGACAAGGAAUCAGGUCUCUGGGGAAAGGAGGGAGAAAAACCAGAUCGCAUCAUUAGUUCAAACUUAAAUUUCUCUGGGAAACUUCGUGCUGAUGCAAGCAAUGGAACUACUGAGGUUUAUAUUAAYGGCCGAGAAAUCACAAAAAUAGAACUGAGAAUGUUGAAGUUGGCAAAGGUGCAGUGUCCACGUGAUACACAUUUUUGGGUCUAUGAUGACGGACGCUAUGAAGAGGAAGGACAGAACAAUAUCAGGGGAAACAUCUGGGAAAAGGCAUCAACUCGGCUCGUAUGUUCUUUGUUCUCAUUACCUGUUCCCCAUGGUCAACCCCACAUGUCAAGGGAUGAAGUUAGCAAUUAUUCUGCUGUGCCAGAGUAUCUAGAGCAAAAAAGAACACAGAAGCUUCUUCUACUUGGACUUCCUGGCUCUGGAACCAGCACUAUCUUCAAGCAGGCCAAGUUUUUGUACGGAAACAGCUUCUCUACAGAGGAAAGGCAGGAAAUUAAGCUAAUGAUUCAGAGCAACAUGUACAAAUAUCUCAGCAUUUUACUUGAGGCACGGGAGCGUUAUGAGGAGGAGGCCUUGUCUAGGAUAAAAGAAUUAGCAUCACAUGAUCAAUACACUUCUGCAGGUGAGGGAGAAGAUGAAUCCAAUCAAACCAAUCAAUGCAUCUAUUCCAUCAAUCCAAGAUUGAAGCAUUUUUCUGACUGGCUUUUAGACAUCAUAGCCAUGGGAGACUUGGAUGCAUUCUUCCCUGCAGCAACACGUGAAUAUGCACCGCUAGUUGAAGAAGUGUGGAAAGAUCCUGCCAUACAGGAAAUAUAUAAGAUGAAAAAUGAGCUUCACUUUCUACCUGAUGUUGCGGAAUAUUUCUUAAGCCGGGCUGUUGAGGUGUCAAGCAAUGAAUAUGAACCAGAUGAUAGAGACAUCCUGUAUGCUGAAGGAGUUACACAAGGAAAUGGUUUGGCUUUCAUUGAAUUUUCUCUUGAUGAUCGCAGCCCAAUGUCUGAAACUUACACCGACAAUCCAGAAGCUCCACCAGCUCUCACCAAAUACCAACUAAUUAGGAUAAACGCCAAGGGGAUGAGUGAAGGGUGCAAGUGGGUGGAAAUGUUCGAGGACGUCCGUACAGUGAUCUUCUGUGUGGCACUAAGUGACUAUGACCAGGUAUGGGUUGCCCCUGAAAACGGUGCCGGUGGAACUCAUGUUCAGAAUAAGAUGAUGCAAAGCAAGGAGCUCUUUGAGGCCAUGGUCAAACACCCAUGCUUUAGGGACACACCUUUUGUUCUAAUACUGAACAAGUAUGAUUCGUUUGAAGAGAAAGUCAAUAGGGUAGCAUUGAGUGCUUGCGAGUGGUUCAAUGACUUCAGCCCUGUCAGACCGCAUCAUAAUAACCCAUCACUGGCCCACCAGGCUUACUUUUAUAUUGCAAUGAAGUUCAAGGAUUUAUAUGCAUCUCUUACCAACCAGAAGCUGUUUGUGUGGCAAUCGAAGGCCAGGGACCGUGUGAUCAUUGACGAAGCAUUCAAGUAUGUAAGAGAAGUGCUGAAAUGGGAUGAAGAGAAAGAUGAGAACUAUUUUGGUGCUGGGGAAGACUCAUUCUACAGUACAGACAUGAGUUCCUCACCAUUUGUAAGACAGGAAUAAUGGUGAAUGUAUUUGUGCUUUUCUUGCAUAUGCACUGCAACAAUGGUGCUUUGCUGUAUAAAUAUUAAAAUGAGCUUGUCUCCUUCCCAGCUGAAAGUAAAGGUGCCCCACAAACUACGUCUA